AUGCCGAGAUCUGUUAAAAAAUGUGGAAAAAAAGUUUUUUCAUAUAACUAUAAAAAGACUAAAAACAAGGGCAAUCGUCAAAAAGAAAAAUACAUACGUGGUGCUGCUUUUAAUACAAUAAAGAAAAAUUGGGAUAAAAAUGAGACAACAAAGAAUAAUUUAGAAUCAAUGGGUUUAGUUUUUGAUCCAAAUAAGGCAAUUUCAGAUGUUCAAAAAAAAAUACACUCAACUGUUAGUGGUUUAGAUGAUAAGAUUGUUGACAUUAAAUCAAUUCCUUCAUUAGGAAGUGUCAAAGAACAAGCUCAGAAAUUAGAACAAAUGAAACAAAAAAGAGAGGAAAAUGUUGCAUAUAUUCAUUCAAUUCCAGAAGAGAUUAUAAAUCAAAGUAAUUUAAAAACAGAAAAAUCACUGAAUGUAAUAUCGGAGAUUGAAGAAAAAGCCAAUUCAUCUGUUAAAAAGACUAAAUUUAAACUACUUAAUGAUGAUGUUAAAUUUUGUCUUAUGAUGGUAACUAAACAUGGAAACAAUUAUAAGGCAAUGGAGCGUGAUCCUAAGAAUUUAUUUCAACUGACAGCAAGGCAAAUUGAAAGAAAAAUAAAUAUUUUUAAGAGAAGUGAUGUUUACGAGGAAGUCAUUUCACUUCAAAAUAAAUAA